AUGUCCACACUGUUCCCUUCGCUGCUGCCUCGCCUGACCGAACCGCUGUGGUUCAACCUGGACCGACCGUGCGUGGACGAGACCGAACUGCAGCAGCAGGAACAGCAGCACCAGGCCUGGCUCCAGAGCAUCGCCGAGAAGGACAACAACCUGGUGCCCAUUGGGAAGCCGGCCUCAGAGCACUACGAUGAGGAGGAGGAAGAGGACGACGAGGACGAUGAAGACAGCGAAGAGGAUUCUGAGGACGAUGAAGACAUGCAGGAUAUGGAUGAGAUGAACGAUUACAACGAGUCUCCUGAUGAUGGGGAGAUCAAUGAGGUGGAUAUGGAAGGGGCAGAGCAGGACCAGGACCAGUGGAUGAUCUGA